GGCAGUCGCGCUGGGCUCAGGGCGGGGAGCGGCGAGCGGAGCGGCGACGCCGUCCCGGCUGGCAGCGGCGGGAGAGGCGAGCGGCGGCUGAAGCAUGGCGCUGUCCGUGCCGGUUAACGGGCUGAAGGAGGGCGACAAGGAGCCCGUCAUAGAGCUUUUCGUUAAGGCUGGCAGUGAUGGGGAGAGCAUAGGCAACUGCCCCUUCUCUCAGAGGCUCUUCAUGAUCCUGUGGCUGAAGGGAGUGGUGUUCAGUGUCACAACAGUCGACCUGAAGAGGAAGCCAGCAGACCUGCAGAACCUGGCCCCAGGCACUCACCCUCCCUUCAUCACCUACAACGGGGAGGUGAGGACAGACGUCAACAAGAUCGAGGAGUUCCUGGAGGAUGUGCUGGCCCCUCCCAAGUACCUGAAGCUUUCCCCAAAGCACCCUGAGUCCAACACAGCUGGCAUGGAUAUCUUUGCCAAGUUCUCUGCUUUCAUCAAGAACUCAAGACCAGAAGCUAAUGAAGCCCUGGAGCGUGGCCUGCUGAAGACCCUGCAGAAGCUGGAUGAGUACCUGAACAGCCCCCUGCCCGACGAGAUCGACGAGAACAGCCUGGAGGACAUCGCCUGCUCCGGCCGCAAGUUCCUGGACGGCAACGAGAUGACCUUGGCCGACUGCAACCUGCUGCCCAAGCUGCACAUUGUCAAGGUGGUGGCCAAGAAGUAUCGCAACUUCGAGAUCCCCAAGGAGAUGAGAGGGGUCUGGAGGUACCUCACCAAUGCCUACAGCAGGGAUGAGUUCACCAACACCUGCCCUGGAGACAAGGAAAUUGAGAUAGCCUACAGUGAUGUAGCCAAGAGACUCAGCAAGUAAAAGCAGCUCCUGCAACCCAGAGAGGGAGGAGAGAGAGCUCUGACUUCUUGCAUCUUCAUAACAAAGCUUCUAACAGACUGCUCCUUUUCCCUCUGUCUGUCUUUGGUUGGUUGGG